CAGACUUCAGAGGCAAUUUUGCCCUUUUCGAAUUAACUAAUCAUUGUAAACUAAAAUCCCUAACGCCCCACGCAACUCAUCUCUCAAGUCUCUAACUGUCGUCAGUCACUCUCAGGCCAGCCGGCGUCCGCUGCUCGGUUCUCGCAGGCGUCGCAACCCACAGCCCUCAGCCCGCUACUCACUGCCCGCAGCCCGCAGCCUGCAGCCCGCUGCCCACUGCCGACACUCGCUAGUCGCGCCUCGAAGAUGGGGGGAGUGUUUUUAGGUAUGCCAGGAACGUGGGCAGGUAAUAUGCACGAAGCUGCUGACCAUUAUACAACAAAAAUCGGUGGACUUCCUGAUUGGCCUAUUCCUCUUCCUUCAGCAAGUGUUGAUUUAUUCAAAUGCAGUUCUUGUAGAAGUGAUUUGUCUCUUCUUGCACAGGUUUAUGCCCCAAUCGCACAUAAGAGUUUGAACAUUGAAGAGCGUGUAAUCUAUGUUUUUUGCUGUUUAAUGCCAAAAUGUGGGAGCUCUACUGUAAGCUGGAGAGCUCUUAGAAUCCAAAAGUCUGUAAAUAGUGAAGGUUUAAAGAGCCAGUCUGAUAAGGCUGUCUCCUCGUCUGCAUCUUUAUCGUCAUCUGACUCUUUGGAAGAGGAUGAUGAUGAAGAUGAUGAUGACAUAGACCUUGCUGAGUUGGGUAGAGCACUUUCUGAAGCUGCAAGCCUAGCUUCGCAAUCCAAGAAACAAAACCGUGGUCGUAAAUUAACUGCCAAAACUUCAUCCCCUGUCUGUGCAGACAGAGUAAUUGAUAAAAAGUUACCAGUGGUUCCUUGCUUCUAUAUAUAUGCUGAGGAAGAGAAAUUUUCAAAAAAUGAUGCUUCUGUCUGUUCAAAAAAUAUCUCAUCUCCAAUCAAGGACCAUGAAAGUGAUCCUGAUACUAAAGAAGAAACAUGGGAGGUGGAAGAUUAUGAGUACGAUAGGGCAUUGAAUGCUGACAGGGUUUACCUUAAGUUCAAAAAGCGAGUAGAUGCAUAUCCAGAACAGUGUUUCAGAUACUCAUAUGGUGGAAGGCCGCUUUUGGCUUCUGAAGAUGCUGGUGAUCCAGGGAUGUGCAGGCUUUGUGGUGCAGCACGUCAAUAUGAAAUGCAGCUGAUGCCCCCAUUGCUGUAUUUUCUGCAGGAAGCCGUGAGCGAGAAAGAAAAACAUGCCUUGGAUAACUGGAAUUGGAUGACUUUAAUAGUGUAUACUUGCUCACAGAACUGUUCAAACGAUAACUCUAGCGAUGAUGGCUGGACUGUGGCUGAGGAAGUUGUUGUCGUACAGUAUGAAUAGCAUCGAUUAAGAUAUGCUCCUGUACUAUCAAAAGAGUUUAAAAUAUGCUCUUGUCAUACUUUUUUUAGGACUAUUGUUUGAAAUGAGGAAAGUUCACUAGCCUGAGUUCAAAGCCAAUAUACUGAACUCUAUGCUAUUGUCUGUUAUCCUUUUUAACUUUUUAAGCUUGUUAAAUCUAUAUCAUGUAUUUAUUUCAAUCUUCUUCGCCUUCUUUUA